AUGAAGAGUGUGACUCCGAUUAACUCAUCCAAUACAAUUGAUGUUGUUGAGAAUACAAUAUCUCCUUAAAAAGGGAAUAGAUUGAGUAAUAGGGAAAAGAGAAGCAUCAGUCACAAAAUCAAGGAUCUUACAUAUGAUAAUUAAUUGUUUGAUAAAGUGGACAAUAAAAUUCGAGCGUAUUUGGAGAAGAAUUAAGUAAACUAUGAGAAAACACUUGUAAAAUUGUAUAAAUUGGAUUCUUUGAAGAGUGAAAAAGCGAAACGAAUGUUGGGGGAACUUAAUCAGACAAGAAGAAAAUAACAAUUAAGUGCAGUUCAAUAAACAAAAUCGAUUGAAAGAAACAAUAGUUUACCAUCCUCAAAAUAGAUGCAAAUGGACCUUAAAUAAAUCUAAUAAGAACUAAAAAAGAUUAAUCCUGAAAUAGAACACAAAAUACUAAUGAAUAUCUCCACAUUUAAAUUUAAUCAAUCAAAUUGUGCUCGUCUUGAAGAGGAGGAGUGGGAACGAGUUGCAUUAUACUAUCCUUAUAAGAUUAGACCAAAAAUGACUAAUUUUGAAUAAGAAUUGGAUCGUUUAAACAGUUACUAUUCUAGAAAUGAAAAUUCAUUAAAUUAACUAAUGUAAAUAUAAAAAGAUCUUCUCCACUAUAAAUUGCUUUAAUAAUAGUGA